AUGUGGCGUGUCACUGAAAAAAUCUCACAAGGAACCAUCACGAAUAACCAAGGCAUCAUGUUUAGCAGCAAGAAUUGCAACUAUACCAAAUUGAAGACAAACCUACGUCUUGUGAUACAACGACUCAAAUUAUUAGAAAAGAAAAAAACUGAGCUUGCUCUGAAGGGGAGGAAAGAGAUAGCUGAUUAUAUUUCAGCAAACAAAGAUGACAGAGCAAGAAUCAGGGUAGAGCACAUAGUACGUGAAGACUACUUGGUGGAAGCCCUGGAAAUAUUGGAGAUGUACUGUGAUUUGUUACUUGCUAGAUUUGGACUCAUUGAGAGAAUGAAAGAACUGGAUCCAGGGCUAGAAGAAGCGGUUGCUACAUUGUUGUGGGCAUCACCACGGUUGCAAACAGAUAUUCAGGAGUUCAAAGAAAUCUCUAGGCAACUCACAGGUAAAUACAGCAAGGAGUUUGCUGAAGCCUGCAGCCGAAAUACCAUGGAGAACGUAAAUGAAGUGGUGAUGCGCAAAAUGAGCAUACAUGCUCCACCAAAAAUGCUGAUAGAAUCUUACAUGUGUGAAAUAGCCAAGAGUUACAAUGUACCAUUUGAACCAGACCCUUCAGCAAUGACAGACAAUAGUGCAAUUUUGGCCACAGACUUACUUAUCGAUUUCAACAGUGAUGACAAAAACAAUGGUCCUGGUGGCGGUGCAGGUGGCGGUGGUGGUGGCGGAGGAAGACUCCAACCUAUGGCACCAAACAAUGCAGGGCCACUACCCGGGAAAGCCCCUCUACCCCCUGGUCCAAUGCCAGCAGGGGCCAUGCCCCCAGGAGAACCACUCCCACCUUACAGUCCACCUCAACCUCCUGUGGGUGGUACACCAGAUAUUCCUCCCUUCCCUAUGUCUUACUCUAGGCCCCCUCCACCACUCCCUAGUGUUGGCCCUAACGCCUCAUCUCAACUCCCUCAACCCCCUGCUCCUGGUUUCAAAGAUUCAAACCCACAGGCUCCUGUGUUUGGAGGAAUCCCCGUAGUACCCAUGGGAUCCCCUGAGAGGCAAUCUGAGAACCCCCAAGAUUUGGGGCCAUCACCAACUGUAAACCUGGAUGACAUACGACCCCAAGUACCAUCUGGACCAGGCCCCCAGCAACCAUCAGCUCCACCUAAUGAUCCAUCGAGGUUGCCGUCUUAUGGAUCAGUGAUGAGCAACCAUACUGAAUAUCCUCCCCCUUUAUCAAAUUUACCACCACCUCCAGCAGGCGGGGUCAUAAAUUCUAUCCCAAAUCUCCCAGAAGUCCCCGGCGAUCUCCCGGAGCUUAGUUUGCCUGGUGCUGGUGCAAACUCUGCAGGAGGAAAUGACGUUGAUUUUGAUGAUUUAACGAGACGAUUUGAAGAGUUAAAGAAAAAGAAGUAAAGUGCGAAAUUGAGGAUGCUUUAAAUAUGUUGAUAUUGCGUACAUGAAUGAAGGACAUGUAGAAUAUGAAGGAAUUUUACAUGGAAAAUGUGUGCAACUAUUUAUCUUAAUGAUUUACAACUUUGAGUGCAUUCUUCGCAAUUUUUAUACAAUGAUAGCUGCAAAAGUUGUCACCAUGGUGAUAAAUGCUAUAAAUAAAUCAAAUAGACUGAAGAUGCGUCAAACCAGCUGUAAUAAUUAAUGAGAGAAUUAAAUAUAUGAACACUUUGUGUCAUAUAGGAAUGUAAGAAAAUGGAGUACAGUAGUUUAUUCAGACUUAAGAGAAAAAACUGAAAUUGUACUAAGAAAGCAGGAAAAUGCAAACAUUGUAGGAAUUGUAGAGAUGUGGUUUGAAUAUGUGAGAUAUACAUAUUUCUGUAUAAGCUUCAUAUAAUGUAUGUAUAUCAGAGUGCCUCUCACCAUUUAAAAGAAUAUAGAAUACUAUGUAAUAGGGGGAUGAGUGCAGUACUGCAGUAGUAGGACUAGGACAUUUAAGAUAGGGUCUGGUCUAUAUUAUUUCUCUCAAGAUGAGUAGCAGGAGAAAGUUGACUGUCAACCCCUGCCUACCUUGAAAAAGGGCUUGUCACCAGAUCACUGCAAAGCCGUGUUUCGGUAUACGAAAAAAAUUUAUCAAGAGACAUUACACUUAUCUGAAAUGAAAUUAUGUUUGCAUCCUUAUUCUCAAUCUAUAAGAUUGCAAGUGUGAGAUUCAAUGUACAAUAAAGCCAAAGUAAAAACUACUCACUUGAACAAUCACUUUGAGACAUGUAAACAUUAAAAUGUUCACAUUAAGAUGU